AUGGAGGCCUGUCUCCUGUGGCUGCCCCUGAGCCUGCUCCUGCUGGGGGUGGCUGCCCUAACCAUGUCUGUUCUGGAGACAGCUGACCUGGUGGGCCUCUGUGGGCAGACGUGGCAGGGGCACGGGCUGCUGUUGCGCUCCCACUCUGGCUUGCGCAGGUUCUACUUUGUGGCCCGGGAUAUCGACUGCGGGCUCUGGAUGUGGGCAGAGGCCCCUGGCGACAGGAUCAGCUUCCAGUUCUGCUUCUUCCUGGUCUACAGCCUGACUCCUGCGUCCCCAGCGUCUCCGGCAUCCCUGGAGCCCAACACCUCCUCCUCAGAGCGGGACCCGUGAGCCCCUGGCUCCUACCUGCAGUUCUAUGAGGGCCCAUCGGGGGCACCCAGGCACCUGGGGCCCCCUCUCUGCGGCCUGACCAUCCCCGCCCUCGUGGCAUCCUCUGGACUCUCCUUGGGCCUGCACCGCUUCACCAGAGGCCGCCAGCCUUGCGUGGACUUCAUGGGCGAAGUCACCUCUUUCCGGCUGGGAUUCUGUGGUGGCUACUUCCGCUGUCAGAAUGGCAGAUGCAUUCCCCCAAGCCUGGUGUAUGACUGCUGGGACGUGGACAACUGUGGCGACGGCAGUGACCCCUCCCAGCCACCAGCUGGCUGCAAAGGUCCUACCUCCAUGUCCAGCCAGGUCCAGAGUACCGAUGGCGAUGUCCCCCAGCCACUGACUGACUCCUUAGCUCUCGGGUCUGCAGGCUCCCUGCAGGUUGCUGCUGAGAGGACUACCCCUGCAGGCCGGGACCCUGUUCUCCAGGAUGCGGCAUCAAAAGAUCACGUGUCCCUCUCUGGGCAUGGGGACAGGAGCAGUGGGCCCAGGCUGACCCCUGAGUAA